CGAAAAACGCAUGUCGGAAAAAUUCAAAUUAUUUCAUUUCCCGCCGCCGCUAACGAUUCUCUGAAAGAAGAACACGCUGUCGUUUCAAUCUAUUAGCGAUCAGUCAUCUGCUUGUUUGUUCAUCUUCAGAUACAGUUCUACACCUCGGUUUUUCGUAGAGUAAAUUAUGGAUAGUCCAAUUCCAGGGAUGCAAAAAGUAGUAGCAACUGUUAGCGGUUACCAUGGAACGGAGCGUUUUAACCUAAUCAAGCUCAUAUCAAACUCCGGCGCUAGUUACGUAGGUGGAAUGUCGAAAUCAAUUACGCACUUAAUUUGUUGGAAAUUUGAAGGAAAGAAAUUUGAGCUAGCUAAAAAGUUUGAGAAAACUAUAAUUGUUAAUCAUCGAUGGAUAGAAGAUUGUAUAAAGCGACGGAAGCGUGUUCCCGAGCAUCCUUAUGUGUUGCAAAGUGGAGAAGAAAUAGGGCCUUUAUUGAUGGAAGUUCCUGUAUGUUUGAAUGAAAAUAAUAAAGCAUUGGUUGAUAAAUCAAAUAUUUUUGAAGAUUGUGAAAGAUUAAUUAUAGACGAUAAGGAUUGCGGAGAUUCUGAUGUUGCUGCUGCUUGUGCUUGGACUGAUUCCUUUUUGUUAGAUGAGAAUUUUUUUCCCGAGGUCAGAAAAAGCAAGAGUAUUGCAUCUAAAUCAAAGCUAAAAAAGUCUGCCAAAACUUUAAAGCAGGAACGCAAGUCGAGUGACAGAUACUGUCUUCAGGAUCCUCCUUUAUCUGGUCGAUUACGGCUGGAGGAAGAAGAUUCAAGAUUGAAAUCUUCUAUUCCUUCUGUGAGAGAGAAAGGGAAGAUUUCAGGACAUCAAGGACCAAAUUCUCAUUCUAAAAGGCAUUUAGAGAGAGGAAAAAGAAAGAUAUCUGAUGAUACUGAGAGCAAUUCUUCUGCUGAACCUUCUUGUGGUGGGCGGAGGCUUGUGAAGCAAAACUUCAGCAGAAACAAUCUUGAGAUUGAGACUUUGGAUUCUGAUGAAGACUGCCUCCCAAUUAGACUUUAUAACAGGGCAAGUAAUUCUGUGGUUUUAUCUAAAGAUGAAGAUAGCCAAAGAAAAGUUAAUACAUUGGAAGUUGGAAGACCUGUUGCCACCUUGAAUUCUAAUGAGGAUUUUACGAAUGAAGUAUUAGAUGAUACUGAAGAGAUAAGUGGUAGGAAUCAUACGAGUGUGUCCGAGGAUUCAAAUUCUUGUCAGGAAAAGUCAAUGACUGAAACUGGAGUACAAAGACCGGAUGGUUUCCCUGCAAUUCACAACUUAGAUGACAACAACAAUGCUGCGAGUCAGUCAGAACGAGCUACUGGAUUACCUACAUCAGUGGAAGUAUCAUGUGCUAUAUGCUGGACAGAAUUCUGCCCAACCAGGGGGAUUCUACCAUGUGGGCAUCGAUUUUGUUAUUCAUGCAUCCAAAAAUGGUCUGAUCAUGUGAUUUCAAGUGGAAAAAUGUCAACAUGUCCUUUGUGCAAGACUGGCUUUGUAUGCAUUACUAAAGUUGAGGAUGCAGCCACUUCUGAUCAGAAAAUUUACUCUCAAACUAUUCCUUGUGCUUCAACAACAAAUAUUUUGAUGUUAGAUGAUCAUGAAAGAUACAGACAUGGUACUGAGUCCUCAUCAGCCACAGUUUGUGGCAUAUGCUAUAACCGGGAACCUGAGGAUCUUCUUGUUAGCUGUGACCACUGCCGGAUUCGCUGUAUUCAUAGAUACUGCUUGGACCCUCCUUUGUUUCCAUGGACCUGCAUUCAGUGUAAGGAUCUCCAACGGCUUUAUUACCACGCCAGAUAAUAUAUUUCUCAGGCAUGCAUCCUUACACUGCAAGAACCUUUAUUCUUAUUCACCUUUACUGCAUUCUGGCUUGAGUCUGCUCUUUCAGUUUUGAUAUGUAGUGUCAUAAAAAAAAUUGGUAAACUUUUUUCUCUCUGUUUAGAGGGCCAUCACUAUUGCUAGCUGUUACCUUUUCAAAUUGUUGUGACUACUGCUUUUACUGAGAGUGCGCGUUAGCUGUAUAGUCUCCGGAUACUCUAUUCUUACACCCCAUGUCUAUACCUCUUCAAAACCUCAAAUCCUAAUUGUAACCUAUAAAGCACCGACACUUCUCGGAGGUGUUGUAUGCAGGGGGGCACUUCAGGGGCGCAUGACACUCUGGGGACACGUAUGGGACACAGCAAAGUAUCCCAACAAUUUUGCUGUUGGGUGUGUCCAUGCUUGUGCACUGAUCUUAUGUUAAUUCCUGAGGAAAUAGUGUCAAGUAGCCACUGCUUUAGAAGUUACAGGUUAUGUUUUAAUCAAAAUUUCUAGAGUUCUGCACGUCGGUGUUUUGUUUACGUUUCUAAAAAUAUAACUGAAAUUAUGAAACUCUAUAUUUAUUACAUACUCUUGUAAAAAAUAUAUAUUGCUUCCUCA